AACCACUGGAAUUGCCUCAUUCGUCAAAUUCUGUUCAGGGCAUAACAGAGCUGAGAGCAGAAGAAAUUGCGAAUGAAAAUCUUUGUGUGAUUCGAGUAGACAUUCCAAAACAAUAUUCUUGUGCGAUUUUUACAUUUGAUUCGAUGUGCAAAAAGAACAGGAUGAACGAACUGCUUGAGAAGUGAUCCAGGGGAACCGCUUGAGAGGGGGUCAGAGUGAUUAGUAAAUUUCUGUUUGUCAAUUCGAAGAACUACGAGCGGAAAAAAAGUCGAGCGGAGUGUGAGAAGAUUCUGCUUGCAUAAUAUUGUGUUCCUUGUGAAGCAGACCACCCAUCCAUAUUGAUUGUUGACGCAACAGAUUGGUAGGAGGGAAAAAAACAUCUGGCAGUACGAGUACGAGUCAUUGGUGUUCAAAAUGCCACUGGAUAGUGGAGUAACCAGUGGACCGGUUGGGAAGCAAGUUUCAUCGGCGGGGUGUGCCUGUGCGUCCGCUGUUGGUUCAACUCCAGGAGGAAUCACUGCCGCAAGCAUUGCGGGGGUUGUAGGAACCGGAAGUAAACAACUUGCAUCGAAGAAAUCUCUGAAGUUAUCCAGCCUGGCGGAUGACAUGAUGGGACCACCCUCGGCUACCGGAAGCAACCACGAGGAACCGUUUCGAGCCAGACUGCAUCAGCUGUUUUCACAGAUUGAACGAGAGUUCGAAUUACUGCAUGCGGAGAAUUUGAGCCUGCACGAAAAGCUAGAGGCAGUCGCAGGAACUCCACGGGAUUUUACGGCUGGAGAACGUUUACUUCCCCUGCAGGAUUCGUAUGAAGUGGACGGAGGGGUUAACAAGAGCUUCAAGUCAAAGUUGGGUAGUGCUGGAAGCAAAGUAAAAGCUAGUCACAAAAUCAGAGCCCAAACCAGCAGAAUUGUGUCCAGCUUUAAAGCGCAAUCGGUGGUCAGCUCGUUAGUGCGUGAAUUUUGCGGUCACAAAGAUGGCGUGUGGCAGGUUACCACCAAAACGGGUCAACCGAUUGUUGGCACUGCUUCAGCCGAUCACAACGCGUGCAUCUGGGGAAUUGACACCGGACGAUGUCUGUUGCAGUAUCAGGGUCACAGUGGCUCGGUCAAUUCGAUAAAGUUUCAUCACACGCGAGAUCUGGUACUGACGGGGAGUGGUGACGCAACGGCACAUAUCUGGCAAGCAGCAGUGAAUUGGGAAAUACCAGCACGGAAAGGACAUUCUUCGGAGGAGGAAUUAGACGACGAAGAAGAGCCAUACGAAGAAAAAGAGCGAAUCGAUGUGCUGAGGACUCCAAUAUGUGAGUUUUCCGGUCCAGGUGGUCAUACGUCGGUUGUAGUGGCCGCCGAUUGGCUCCCUGGUGGAGAUCAGUUGAUAACAGCCGGGUGGGAUCGGACCGCGAUACUGUGGGACGUAGAAACGCGGGAACCAUUGCAACCACUCUGUGGACAUGACGAUGAACUAACACAUGCAUCGGCACAUCAGAGCCAACGGUUAGUGGUCACUGCUUCGCGAGAUUCUACUUUUAGGCUGUGGGAUUUCCGCGACCCGAUUCCGGCGGUGUCUGUAUUUCAGGGACACACAGAAAGCGUAACAUCGACCGUUUUCACUCGCGAUGACAAAGUGGUAUCCGGCUCAGAUGAUCGCUCAGUUAAAGUGUGGGAGCUUCGAAAUAUGCGCUCUGCCUUGACCACCAUCCGGACGGAUUCGGCGGUGAAUCGGCUUGCCGUUUCGGCCAGUGGUGUGAUUGCUAUUCCCCACGAUAAUCGCCACAUUCGGCUGUUUGAUUUGAACGGACAGCGAAUCGCUCGAUUGCCCCGAACAAGCCGGCAAGGUCACCGUCGGAUGGUUUCAUCCGUGGCUUGGACGGAGGAUAUCAGCUCGACCUGCAAUUUGUUUUCGUCGGGAUUUGAUCGACGCGUGCUUGGCUGGGCCGUUUGCCUUCCCCCGAAGGAUAACUAAAGGCACUUAACGCAAAUUAUUCCCUAAUUCAUAUUAGAUGUUUGUUUCAAUCACCCAUGUAUAUGUGUAUAGAGAAUUAGAGAAUCGUUGUUACUUCAUUGUCGGAUAGGUUCUUACAAAUAUUUGUUAGUUUAUUCGUUCAGGUUAAUGUGUUAUUAAAGGCAGUUUAGGGGAUUUUCUUCAAACGAUCUGAUAGCGGGUUCAACUGUGUUUUUUAGUUAUAAUUCUAGGAUAUGAGUUUACGGUUUCGUUUCAUGACAGUGUCAUUUUCAAGCAACAAAGCAGACAAAUGGUGUGUAUUUUCCUGUAUCAGAUGUAUGUAAAGGAACGGUCACUUUUCAAACUGUCCAAUCAAUCAGCAUUCAGUAUCAGGAUAUAAUGCCUUCACCGGUCAAAAAAGCUGAAUUUUAUGCCACCAAGGAAAACGCUCAUCACAAACAUCCUAGUAAUUCCUAUAAUACCCAUUUUAACGACAAACAUCGCUAUCCACGGAACGUAUCUAGAGAGUCUUUUACGAACAUUUGUAAAGGGGACUGAGAUUUUUUGCAUCUAUCGAACUUUGUUGUCAUCAGUAAGAUCAGUAAACGAACGUGUCGUAUAUAAUCACAUUUAGGGCUUGUUCCUUCGGUAUGUUGACCAUUUUAAAGCGUUAAUGUAUAGGAAAUAUACUCAACAGUGAUUUUAGGCAAACGGAAAUUCUAUAUUCUCUAACAAACUUUGCGCGUGGAAUUUGUGUCUGAGUGACACUCAAAAUGUAGUGAAAAUUAUUUUCUGUUGAAUUUCCUUUUUCCGCGUCAACUGCGUUUACUAUUCGGCAGGUGAUCCAAUCCAAAUUGAUAUUUCAAACAAAACACAAUUGUCAAUCAAUUAUCAACGCAUAUUUAAUCAAUUUUCACGCUACCAAAUAAAAUCAAGGAAU